AUGCCGGGUAGGAUCCCAACGGUUGCUGACGUCCAAUCUGUGCCUACCAGUAUCUACCAGCUCGAAAAGUCGGCCCACCAGAGUCGCGGCGGCGAUGGCGAAUCACGGCCUCUCAUCUCCACCGAAGCACCCGAGGAGGUUUUCAGCAGAGCCCUCGAUAUCGAACUCGAAAAGAUAAGCUCGUUCUACGUCGCCAAGGAAGGAGAGCUUCUCGAUGAAGUCAAUCAGCUCUUGACCGACAUAGAGGAACAGAGGGGUCCGAGUGACUCUACCUAUGCGCUGCGUCGAAUGUCCUCCGAGGGCCAGUACUCGGCCCAUCUCCACGAACGUGCGGCAAGUGCUGACGGCAAUGGAUCCGACGACGAUCUCGAGGACGCAAGCGGCAGUGAUGACGAGACUACGGGGCUCACCCAGAAACGCAAGGGCAGUGUUUCCAAGAAGAAGAACAUUUCCGAUGGCACCCAUCUGCAACCAUCCCAGGCUGACAUGGCUGCUUCUUCGGAGUUUGGCCGGUCGGUGCGUAGGCACAGCACUGCUGCUGAUGAGUUGGGCGGAGAUUCCAUCUUCUCCGGGCUGUACUCAUCGGGAAUCUUGCUCAAGAGACGCAUCAUCAGCCUCUACGUCCAACUCUGCGAGCUCAAGUCCUACAUCCAACUCAACAGGACUGGUUUUAGGAAAGUUCUCAAAAAAUUUGACAAGAUAAUGGACAAGGCGCUCCUGAACGAGUACAUGGCCAUGAAUGUCGAUACAGCGUACCCCUUCACCAAGGAUGCGAUGCGCGUCGUCCAAGAAAACAUUGGGAACAUGGAAAGGUCCUAUACCGACGUGGUGACGGGUGGGGACCGGGAGCUGGCCAAGAAGGACCUGCGCUCCCACCUUCGUGAGCAUGUUGUGUGGGAACGAAACACGGUCUGGCGUGAUCUCAUCGGCAUCGAGCGCAGAGCCGAGGCUGCGAGACUUGGCCAGUCCCUCCUCGGAUCGGAUGCCAGGUCCGCCCCCAAGAGGCUGCAGGGUGACGAGGCUGAGGAUACGAAUACUACGAGCAUUAAGACGCCCCUUGGACGCCUUUCCAUCCCGUCUUUCCUUGUCAGCUCUUCCAUGUUCACCCUCGUCUUCUCUGCUGCCGCCUUCUUUGCCCUCCUAUUCCUUCCCAUCAUGGAGAAGCCUGAGCAGCAAAACUGUCUCGCUCUUCUCGUAUUCGUCAGCUUGCUUUGGGCAACCGAGACGAUUCCCCUCUUUGUUACGUCGCUUCUGAUCCCCUUCCUCUCCGUCCUCCUCAAUGUCGUUCGAGAGGAGGAUCCCAGCAAGCCACCAAAGCGCCUCAACUCUAAGGACGCCACUUCGGCCAUCUUCGCCGCCAUGUGGACUCCUGUCAUUAUGCUCCUGCUCGGUGGCUUCACACUGGCAGCGGCCUUGUCGAAGUGCAAUAUAGACAAACGUUUGGCUACGCUCGUCCUCAGCAAGGCAGGCACGCAGCCCAAGACGGUCUUGCUGGCCAACAUGUUUGUUGCUGCAUUUGCGUCCAUGCUGAUCAGCAACGUUGCGGCUCCGGUCCUGUGCUACUCCAUUAUCGAGCCCAUGCUCCGGACCCUUCCGUCCGACUCCAGCAUGUCCAAGGCCGUCAUCAUAGGCAUAGCAUUGGCAUCCAACGUCGGUGGCAUGCUGUCGCCCAUUGCGUCGCCCCAGAAUGUAGUGGCCAUGGGUAUCAUGCAGCCUGCGCCCACCUGGCUGCAGUGGUUCUUCAUUGUCAUCCCCGUUGGCUUCGUCUCUAUCAUCAUCAUCUGGCUGCUGCUUCUCAUGACCUUCCAGCCUGGCCGUGGGACGACCAUUGCGCCGGUCCGCCCGAUCAAGGAGAGCUUCACUGGCAUCCAGUGGUUUGUCACGAUUGUGACGCUUGCCACAAUCGCCCUGUGGUGUGGCAGUCACCAGCUGGAGAGUAUCUUUGGCGAUAUGGGCGUCAUUGCCAUCAUCCCCAUCGUGCUCUUCUUCGGCAUCGGCAUCCUGACCAAGGAAGACUUCAACAACUUCCCCUGGACCAUCAUCAUUCUGGCGGCCGGUGGCCUGUCCCUCGGAAAGGCAGUGCGGUCCUCCGGCCUCCUGCACACGGUCGCGGAGCUUGUGACGCGCCAGGUCGACGGCAUGAGCCUCUAUGGCGUUCUUGUGGUGUUCUCGGUCCUGAUUCUGGUGAUUGCCACCUUUAUCAGCCACACUGUUGCGGCCCUCAUCUUCCUGCCGCUCGUCUACGAUGUCGGUGUGGCUAUGGACCAGCCGCAUCCCAACCUGUUGGUCAUGGGCGGUGUGCUGAUGUGCAGCGCAGCCAUGGGUCUGCCUACGAGCGGUUUCCCCAACAUGACUGCUAUCAUGAAGGAGGAUGCUGCCGGGGUGAGAUAUCUUCAGGUCAAGCACUUUAUCAGCAGGGGAGUACCCAGCAGUUUCCUUACCCUGUUGGUUGUCGUGACUCUUGGAUACGGAAUCAUGCAGGUUGCCGGAAUAGACUGA